ACGGUGCCCUAUAGAGCUAUAUAUAGUUAGAACUGGGUGGGACCAAGGGUCAUUCACUUGGCUUCUGUGCCCGUCCCGGGAUGGUUGGUGUCUCCUUGCUGCCUUUCUGAUCUCUGGCUGUUCCCUCUCUGGACGCUGCUGCCUCUCUUCAACGCUUGUCUGUCCUAGUUCCUGCUCUUUCCGCCACCAUGUCGAAGAAGCCUCUCAUUCAGGGCAUGCACCAGGACCUCAGCUGCCCCAUCUGCCUCAAGCUCUUCCAAUCUCCCGUGACGGCAGAAUGCGGCCACACCUUCUGCCAGGAUUGCUUGUCCAAGGUGCCCAAGGAAGAGGAUGGCAAGAGCACAGGGUGCCCCACCUGCCAGGCCAUCACCAAGGUGGAACAGCUGUGCAUCAACCAACAGAUGGAGCACCUGGUGGAGAGCUUCCGGCAGGUGCCCCGAGACCACUGCGAGGAGCACCUGGACCCCCUGAGCGUGUACUGCGAGCAGGACCGGCAGGUCAUCUGUGGGGUGUGCGCUUCCCUGGGCAAACACAAAGGACACAACAUCAUCACUGCAGCUGAGGCCCACCAGAGGAUGAAGAAGCAGCUUCCUCAGCAACAAGUCCAGUUGCAAGAGGCCCAAGUCCGCAAGGAGAAGACAAUUGCCCUCCUGAAUCGGCAAAUAGCAGAAGUGGAGGAGACGGUGUCGCGCUUCAAGCAUCAAGUGUCCGAACAGCUGGGGGUGAUGCGAGCCUUCCUGGGGGCGCUGGAGGCCUCUCUGGGCCGGGAGGCAGAGCGGGUGCAGCACCAGGCCACAGACGCCUUGCAGAACGAGAGCAAGACCAUGAACCGCUACCUGGACCAGCUCAGGCAGAUGGAGGUCGUGCUGAGAGAGGUGCAAGACGAACCACAGACGGAGUUUCUCAGGAAAUACUGUAUGGUGGCCAGCAGAUUGCAGAAGAUUCUUGGAGAGUCCCCUCCAAUUGCUCGCAUGGACAUCCAACUCCCCAUCAUUUCAGAUGAGUUCAAGUUCCAAGUCUGGAGGAAGAUGUUCCGUGCACUCAUGCCAGCCUUGGAGAACCUCACCUUUGACCCAGACACGGCCCAAGCUAACCUGGUGGUGAACGAGAACGGCAAGCGAGUGGAGUGCGUGGAGCACAAGCAAGCCGUGAGCACCGAUGACCCGCAGCGCUUCGAUAAGUCCAACUGCCUGGUGUCGCACCAGAGCUUCUCGCAAGGCGAGCAUUACUGGGAGGUGAUAGUGAGCGACAAGCCCCGCUGGGCUCUGGGCCUCAUCUCGGCCGAGGCAGGGCGCAAGGGCCGGCUCCAUGCCACCCCCUCCAAUGGCUUUUGGCUGGUGGGCUGCAAGGAAGGCAAGACAUACGAGGCCCAUGUGGAACACAAGGACCCACAGUCGCUGAAGCUGGAGGGGAAGCCCUGCCGUAUCGGCGUCUACCUGAGCUUUGAUGACGGCAUCCUUGCCUUCUAUGAUGCCAGUGAUGAAGACAACUUGGUUCCCAUGUUUGCCUUCCACGAGCGCUUCACGGGCACUGUCUACCCCUUCUUUGAUGUCUGCUGGCACGAUAAGGGCAGGAACAGCCAACCCUUGGUCAUCUACACUCCAGAACCAGAAGGGCCGUAGUCAACCCUGGGAAGAAGUUAUCGGCACCACCAAACCUAGUCAGCUCUUACUUUAUAGACACACCAAGCCAUGGCCUCUCUUUAAAUGUCCCCAAAGUGUGUGAGCCACAUCCCUAGCCCAUUCGAAAAGACACCCAUAUUGCCUCCGGGUAUAAGCUUGCUGGAACGGAAGUGUCAUAACUUCAGCAUAAACACGGGAUCUGGCACCAAGUCUGGAAUCCUAGCCGCCUGAUUGGUUUCCAAAUGCAACUUCUCUGCCCUUGUAGUUCACCAAGUAAAACGGGGGGAAAUGUGGGCAGC